AUGAGCGGAACCCUCUGCCUCGAGUCAGACGAGAAAGUGUGUCCUGAGGAUACCGAGGAGGACUCAUUCAGUUUCAGCGAAGACGAGUUCUUCGUCUGGUCUGAAACCGACAGGAGAUGCCGCAAACAUCCAGUUUGCUGGCUUUGCUUUAUUGCAGUUUGUGUGCUCCUGGGGCCUUUUGCGGUGGCUCUCCAUGACCAGAGUCUGCCAAAAGCUACCGUGGAAUGGAUAAUCGACAAACUCUCGAAGCCGCUUGACAAGCCGACUGACCCAGUGGCGGACGCGUCCCUGGCACUUAUUAUUGGUUUCGGCCAGCAGCAAAUAGUGCAGUCCUCAGUCCUCGUGGACAUCGCCUUUGGCCUGGUCUUCUGUGGCACGCUCACGGCCACAGUGAUUGCGACCUUGGAGCCGGACGCCGGAAGCGUCCCAAAGGAUUUUCUGCAGAAGGCCACGCUGUCGAACAUGGCUCAGGACAUGACCCAACCUCAGGGUCGACUCUGGAGCACUGCCUUGGGGCUGGCUUCGGUCUUGAGCGUGGUGUCGAUGUACACCUUCUGGCUGUAUCGCAGUUGGCAGCCUUUUGUUGGCGACAAUAACCCCUUGCACUCUCCUGUUCUGCAAAGCAGUCUCGAACGCCGCCUGCGCAUUGCCUGGGCUCUGGCCCCUAACGUUGGGUUUGUGCUAGCUGCCAUGGUGCCAAGCCUUUCAGAUGUGGCCGGUUACGAGAUUGUCUUGACAGCCGUGCACAACGUCUCGGCCCCGUUGUCGAUGCUGUUCCUCAUGGUUAUGGAGACCAUACAGCUCGGUUAUGGCGAGAAUGCCUUCGCAUACUUCUUCUCGCAAGAUGCCACGCCACUGUACGGCCCACUCACGAAGUACCAGCGGAUGCGCGUGUGCUUGCUCGUGGAAGCCUGGAUUUCGGGCACGAUCUUUGUGGCAGUGCAGGGCUACCUGGCUUUUCGUAAGAACCGGCGAUACUGGGUCGCGCUGACAUCCUACUAUGGGGAGGUAAUCGGCAUCAUCCUGGCAUUCUCUCUGCCGGCUGCAGCCGCAAUGGAUAUAAGACAUAUGACAAAUAUUGUGCAUUCGUCCGUCCUUGCCGAGACAGCUGUUGUCAUACCUCUGAUUUACCAGUCUGGACUCAACGAGACUAUUCAGUCAAUAUCCCAGCACAUGGCCUCAAAGGCAGCUGAAAUGGGUGGAUGA